AUGCUACGAUAUUAUUACUUUUGUUAUUUGCUAAUGCAAAUGCUAAUACUUGGUUUGUCAGCUGCCCAAGAAGAUACGUUGACUUGGCUUCCGACAUUCUCCUACAGCACUACGGAGUGCUCCUUUGAAUUGAUAGACAAAUGUACCUACAACUUUGGAUCUAUGUCUUCCAGUAACAAUUUACCCCAGUUGAUGACUUUUGAAUACAAGUACAUACAGAAUGUAAUUGGCAGCACGGAUUUAUAUGAAGUUAUGAUUGAAUUUCAAAUUCAGCCUCCUUCAAUUAGUGACCAGAUCUUGCGAGAACUUAGUUUUCAAAACCUUCAAACUCCUGAUGAUUACCUUGAUAAUCCCAAGGUUGUUUCUGACUUGAGAUCAAUUCUGCCUUACCACUUUUUCGUCAAAUGGGUCAUGCAAGCUGAACCUACAGGAGAUAGAAUUUGCACAACUCCCUUCCUGGUGAGGUAUGAAUGGACUAGGGAUAGUCCACUUCAACAGCGAGAUACUCUAGUGGCCGAGUACUUCCAUUCAUGUAAUACUGGAGAUUAUCCACUUCAAUGCUGGGUUCCAACAUGUGGUGAUAUUGAUUUUACAUCAGAAAUUGAAGCAACCACUGAGGUAGAAUUAUCUGAAAUUGAAUCAUCUGAACCAGAAGUUAUAGCUUCUCCAGCUACAUUAGAGUUACCAAAUGAACUAUUACCAUCGCCAACUAGUACUUGUCCAACCACUUGGUCUGAUAGAUGUACAAUUGUUCCAGCUCAACCUGGUGGUUUUGCUCCAACUAUGAAAACAUUUAGCUUCAUUGAAAUUAAUCUGAUUAUGGAUGACUACUACGAAGUGUUUGUUGAAUUUGAACUUGAUGCGCCUUUAUUCCCAGUUACAAUCUUGGAAUUCAUUGACUUGAAAAAUCUUAUCACUCCAUUCAACUAUCUUACAGACCCAUACAGAAUUUAUGAUAGGGCUGCUGAUGAAAAUGUUCUUGCUGACUCACCUUAUCAUUUCUUUGUUCGUUGGGCUAUGCAAACCCAGAUACUCGAUGGACAAGUUUGUACAACACCAUUCCUGAUUGAAUUUAGUUGGAGAGAUGGGCAAUCCAAACCUAAUAGCGGACCGACUUCCAGUUUCAAAGCUACUUUCACUCAUGAUUGUGAUGGCAUAGAUACUCCUAAUUCUCCACUUCAAUGUUGGGCUCCUGAAUGUAAUGAUGCUGAACCUUCGACUAUUGAAACUUUACCCGAAGGAACAAUUGAACCUACUGAAUGUCCAACCCAUUUUGAACUUGUUUAUAGUUGUGAUUACCGAUUUGGAUCAAGCAGCUUACAAAAUGAUGAAUUCCCAGCCUUAAAUACCUUUAACUUUGAAUACAUUAAGAUAGUAGACGAAGAUUUGUAUGAGGUAAUGGUUGAAUUUGAAAUUGAUCCAAACAAGUAUCCUAUGAGAACAAUCGAACUGAUUGUUGUUGAAGGUCUCAUCACCCGUGAUUCAUAUGUCAGCGAUCCUCUUGUUCUUUUCGAAAGAGGUAGUAUAGACAAGGUUGGCGAUUCGCCUUAUCACUUCUUCAUUAACUGGGUCAUGAGGACUAAGAAUAUAAAUAACUUGGCAUGCACUACUCCAUUUAAAGUGGUGUAUAGUUGGGAUAACUCUGUUGUUGCUCCUUAUGGUCAUGGAUGCCCUGGUGAUAACGGUGGUGUGUAUGACUAUCCAAUGCAAUGUUGGCCGAAUGAUUGUAGUGAAGAUCCUGAACCUACUGAUGAACCUACUGAUGAACCAACUGAGGAACCUACCGAGGAACCUACUGAUGAACCUACUCAAGAACCUACCGAGGAACCUACUGAAGAAUCUACUGAGGAACCAACUGAGGAACCUGAACCAACUGAGGAACCAACUGAUGAACCAACUGAGGAACCAACUCAAGAUCCUGAACCUACCGAGGAAUCUACCGAGGAAUCUACUGAGGAACCAACUGAGGAACCUACUGAUGUACCUGACCCAACUAUUAAACCCUUAACCAUUAAAAUGUUACUAGAAGGUAUGGGUGAACCAACUGCUUUCCCCACAUCAUUUAGUCCAGAAAUUUGUAAUUUCAAUUUUGGAGAAAGUAGCUCCCAAAGAGCCACAAAUCCACCAUUGCUAACUUUUGAAUAUAUUUAUAUUGAAUGGAUAGAUGACGAUUACUACCAGGUAUUGGUGGAAUUUCAGAUUGAUUCUACAUAUCCAGUACAAUCAUUGCAGCAGAUAUUUAUUGAUGGUCUCAAAACUCCCGACUCGUAUAUUAGCACCCCACUUGUUAUUUUUGAUCGAGAUGUUGUUAACAAAGUUGGUAAUUCUCCUUACCACUUUUUUGUUAAUUGGAUUAUGGAAACUCAAAGCGUGGAGGGAUUGGCUUGUACUACCCCUUUCACAAUUAAUUAUAUUUGGGAUACUUCUGUAAGUGCUAUUUAUGGGCAUGGAUGUGAAAACGAUAAUGAUGGAAUUUAUGACUAUCCAAUUCAGUGCUGGGAUGAAUUUGUUAUUACAACAGUUGAAGAAAGUUCUACUGAACAGGUUUCGACAGAGAUUCCUAGCUCUGAUGGUCCUCUAUCUGAUUCUACUACCGAAUUAGAAGAUCCAACAACUACUUCAGAACUUCAAACUGAAACAGAGUUAGAAAGCGAAUAUUCAACAAACUUAGAUGUGGAUUCUACAUCUGAACCAGAAGAAAUUACCACGGUUUACGAAGAUGAAGAUACUACCACCGAGGCGGAUGUACAAUCUACCAGUAUCAAUGAAGAGGACCCCGAAUCAGAUACAACUGAACCAGAGCAGGGUACAACCGAGGUGAGCCAAGAUACAACUGGAUAUAGCGAAAUAAUAAGUUCUACAGAAACAGAAGAGGAAGUAAGUGUUGAAACUACAAUUGAAGUAACAGAGAAAUCAUCAAUAACCGAAGAGGGAACAACUACGUCAGAAGUGGAACUUUCAACAGAAGAAUCAUCUACAGUUUAUGAGGUUACCUCAUCAGAGGAUCCUGACACUGACGUUUCAUCAACCCCCGAACACCAAUUUUCCACUUUACCUGAAUAUUCAUCUGAAUUGGUAUCUGAAUCUGAAACUCAAACAGAAGUUCUUACAGAUGAGACUGAGAUAGUAACAAUGUCCACCGAGGAUAAACUGACAAGUGGAGAAUCUACUACGAAAUCAAAUGUAGUACUGCCUACAGAAUCCUCACAUGAACUUUUCACAGAGACAGAAGUCUUGAGCGAUCCUGCUAGUGAAGAAGAAAGUAAAGUUUCUGAAGAUCCGAUUACUUACACUCCUGUAGAAUCAUAUACAGAAGUGCCAUCUGAGGUAGUUACUGAUACAAGAUCCACCUCUGGACCUCCUACAUCAGCUCCCUCAAGAGUUCAAACUACUAUGGUCAUUAAAUCAAUAGACCCAAAUCCACCACUUCAAACGAAAACCUGGACUGAAACAUUUACAACAGUCAGUGUUGAUCCAUCACAUCCACAUAUAUCCAUAACUUUGACAAGGACUUUAACAUCUACUUCUAUUGUGCCACUGACUAAUUCAGCUGUUGCCAUGGAAAGCACAAAAUCGGAGAAUACAAAUACAGAAAGAACAACCGAAAUCACACACUCUGGCUCAGAAUAUAUCUCUUCCCAAUCACAAAAUCCUUCUGUUUCAGUUACUAUAAUAUCACAAUAUUAUUCAGUUACAACAAUUACCCCUGUGGAGCAGACCACUAAUGUCUCGGGUGGAAAACCAGAUGUUUCGCAACACGAAACUAUUCCAGAUGAACGUCCUCAUGCUACUGCUACAUCUUUGGGGGAUGAAGACUAUCCAAAAGAAUUAAUUGGUGAUUUCGAAGAUUCAGGCUCCAUUGUUCGUUCAAAUACCUUUAUCUUAUUCCUAUCAUUCAUUUCUUCUGUGGUAUUUGUUUGA